AUGGAUCGAUGGAGUCAAAAUCGUGAUAAUGGCAGAUCAUAUUAUGAUAUUCUAGGCGUAAGUCCUACGGCAGUGACUGAGGAAAUAAAGGUAGCAUAUAGAGAGAAGUUACUAUCGAUUCAUCCUGAUAAAUCAGGCAAACACGAUGAUCAAAAUCAAGUUGUAAUUGUAAAGGAAGCUCAUAGAGUUCUCCUGGAUACGAAACUGCGGCAGAUUUAUGAUAAAAACUUGGCUAGUUCAGUUAAGGGCCAGGGGUUCAUUCUUAGUGGUGACGGCUUAGAUUUAUAUAAUUUAAAUGAUUUUACCGUCGAAGAAAAUAACGAGAGCUUGAUAUGGUAUAAGGAUUGUCCUAGGUGCCAAAAACGAAGAGGAAUGAUGCUUUCUGAGAAUGACUUGCAAAUAAAUGGUACUGAAAAUGGAAUUGGUGGAUACCAGAUUGUGGUGCAAUGCGAUAGUUGCAGUCUUUGGAUUUCUGUAGAAUACUACGAGGAAAGUGAAUCAGAGUAA